AUGGAUUCACCACCUGCCGUCAACUCUUCGCCUCGCAGUAACCAGCAACAGCCCGCAGAAACAAACUACUCCCUCUUCCGGCCAUCGUACAAUUGGAACGUCGAGUUGCGCGAAGUAGUUCCCCAUGCAACCACAACUGCCUCUCAAGCUACCCCAAAUCAAACACCGCGCCAUGCCAUAAGAACCGCCAUUCGUGCCACAGUAACUGCAAUUCGCGCUAUAAUGACCGCCAUCCACGCCAUAAUAACCGCCAUCUGCAAAAAGGUCUCCAAUUGGAGUAACCAGACGGUCAAUUGCUGCAAAAAUAACGUCAAGUUCCUUCUCUUUCUCGUCAUGGGCUACACUCUCGCAACGGUGCUCAUUGUUGCUGGGGUGAUGUUCUCCAAGCAGAGCUCGAACCAGAGCUCUUGGGUGGCUAAAUAUGUUGUGCUGUCCGGGGAGGCUGGGGGCGAUAAGGUGGGGAAAUGA